GAUAAAAUGAAGUCAUUCACAUGCAUGGAUGCACAGUGAAGAAACAUAUUAUUAGCAAUGGACAUUCCUUUUAUUGAUCAUGAAGAAUCUGAUAUACCUAUCCAGCGGCCGGCGCCCGUGUUUCCCGCCCCGAUCCGCCUCCACAGCUGGUACUCGGAGACAGAGGACGAGGACGAUAGCGGCGAGGCGCCGGUGACCGCCGCGCGGCCCCUGCCCGACGAGAUCAGCGUCAACAACCUCCUGGACGACGUGGCCAGCUGGUCGGCCGACGAGACGGACGUCGACGGGCCGCCGCCGCUGCUGCCGGAGACGGCGCCGCCAGAGGGGGAGCCGACCCGCGGCCAGACCCCGGACACCGCCGGCACCCCCGCCAGUCCCGAUCGGAGCAGUCAGGCUCCGGAUAGCGGUUACAGUGACGGUAGCAGCAGCGUGCCAACGCUGUCUCGACAACGGGCGGCACUCGCCGAUGGCUACCCGGGUAGCGUUGGACGUACAAACUGCUACCCUGGCAGCGGCGGUACAAAUUGCUACCCGGGUAGCGGGGGUACAACCGGCUACCCAGGCAGCGGAGGUGGAGGCACAAAUUGCUACCCAGGUAGCGUUGGACGCACAACCGGCUACCCAGGCAGCGGAGGUGGAGGCACAAAUUGCUACCCAGGUAGCGUUGGUCGCACAAUCGGCUACCCUGGCGGCGGUGGCGGCGGCGGCGGCGGCUCGGACGGCGGCGGAGAGCUGGCCGGCCUGCUGCGCGGAGUGCUCGACUCGGUCGGCCGGCCGCGACUCUCUGGCUCUGUCAGUGUCGCCAGCAGCAAGGAUGUCGUUAUCGGAAAUGUCAUCCACCUGCACACGGACGGCUUGAUGAGCUCGCCACCGGCACCCAGUCCCAGACAGCCUCCCGCGGUGGACGAGUCAACCCCUCUGCCGGAGUCCACGGCGCGUACUGUGGCGUACCUGCGCUCUCGGUGGCUGGACACACUGACCCGACUGCAGCCGAUCCCGUGGUGUCCCGAGUUCAGACUGCCGCUCCAGGAGUACUACAUCGCUCUGUCGCUGCUGGUUAAUGACAUGCACGGCGACCGGCUGCGGCAGCCGGUGGAAAUGGACCAGCUGCUGGCGCCGCUCACGCCGGGGGAGACGGGUCUACCCGGCGCCCGGCCGCGCCGCAUCCUGGUCGAGGGUGAACCCGGCUUCGGCAAGAGCACGCUGAUGCUCAAACUGCUGCACGACUGGGCGUGCGACGACGCGCCGCAGUAUCUGCGCUACUUCCAUUUCGCCUUUCUGAUUCCGCUGUGGGAGUUCAACGGCUCUCUGUACAACUUCCUGCACCGGGAGCUGCUGCCGCGGCACAUUGUCGGCCGUGAGCGUAUGGAGCAGCUGUGGCAGUACCUGGUCGAGCACGAGGAGCGCGUGCUCUUCCUGCUGGACGGCCUGGACGAACUGCGCGACGAGCAGCGGCCGGCCGUCACCGAACUGCUCGCCGGAAAGAUGUUCCUCAACAGUACCGUGGUGGUUACAUCGCGACCCAGCCACGUGGCCGAGGCGCUGCCCUGGGUGCACCGGCGGCUGGUUAUACAGGGCUUCGAGCGGCCCAGCGUGGGCCGCUACGUGCGCCAAUACUUCAGCUGUGUGCGCCGGCCGGACGGGGUGGCCGGCCUGGAGGAGCAACUGCGCCGGCGGCCGGCGCUGGCCGAGCUGGCGCGCUGUCCGCUCCUCUGCCUGCUGCUCUGUGUCGUGUACGAGGAGUGUGACGCGGCGUUCCCGGCCAGCGAGGCGCUGCUCUACCGGUCGCUGUUCGAGUGUCUGAUCCGGCGCAGUCUGCUGCGGCGCGGCCAGCGCCUGGAGGAGGACGGCGCCCUGCCGGCCCGCUGUCUGCGCCUGCUGCGCCAGUUCGGCCGGCUGGCCGUCCAGCUGUGCCUGGAGGAGCGCGUGUGCUACAGCCUGCAGGAAAUCACCAACCACGUCUCCGACCGGGAGCUACUCGAGUGGGGAUUCCUGACGCGCGUAGUCAGCGUCUCAAAAGUGCAGAAGCGCGAGCUGUACCAACCGCUGCACCGGACCUUCACCGACUUUCUGGCGGCGUUCUUCCUGUCCUCGCUGCCGGACCAGCGCGCGCUGCGGCACGAGAUGGCACCUGUGCUAGUGCGUCUGGAAAGGCUGGACGGCCAGCCCAAAGCGUCACAUGGGGUGAUGGUGAUGCUGCGUUAUCUGGUGGCACUACUCAACGACGGCCAGCGGCGCGCCUACCAGGCGCUCGAGCUGCUGGCGCCGCUGUGUCUCGCGCCGCGCGCUCUUUUCACACUGCUCCGUGAGGCCGGCGACGAGCCGCUCGCCCAGAAGGCGGCUGCGCUCUGUCUGGCCGGCCAGCAGCACGUGAUGGUGCAGACGGACCAGGCGGCCGAGCUGCGCGGCUGGACGGCCGUGCUGCGCAACAGCGCGCACCAGGAGAGCCUGGAGGUGGUUUUCCGGCCGGGUGGCGUGGUGCCGGCGCUCGAGCCGCUGCUGCGCGCCGCCGCCUCCCGGCUGCGCGCCGUCAAACUCUGCACCCUGCUCGGUACGGACAUGACCAGUGAGGAACUGACAGCGAUGGGCCGGUACGUGGCACAGCUGCUCGAACCCGACGCCAAGGCGCGCUAUCGACUCAGCGAGCUGGAGAUCGUGCUGCAGAACCUGGACGACAGCGACUUCGGCCGGUUCCAGCCGCUCGUGUCGGCGCUGUGCGACGCGCUGCCGCAGGUGCCCCGCUCGGCUCGCCUGAAGCUGGUGCUCGAUCUGGACAUGUCGGCCGAGCAGAUGGCGCAGCUGUCGGCGGCGGUGCGGCGCGCGCCGGCCGUGGCUGUGCUGAGCAUCUCACACCUUGUCUCGUUCGACGGCUCGAUGCAGGCACUGGCCGAGCUGGUGCGCGCCGCGCCGCUCUCCGCGCUCACACUCUGCUCCGUGUGGCGACCCGACACGCACGCCACCAGUGCGCUCGACUUUUUCCGCUCGGAGCACGCGCUGCACGCGGCCGGCGGCAGCGCCACCAGUCUGAGCCGGCCGGACGCCAGUCUGCGGCGCAACUACAGCCUGGGCCGCGGCUCGGCCGGCGGCGCCGCCGGACUGCAGUUGGCGCACCGACUGCGGCUCGGCCGCGAGCCCAUCUGCGACCCGGCGGCGCACGGCGGCGGCUUCCACCGGCUAUUCUGCGCGCUGCGCACGCCCGGCUGUCUGCUGACCUCGCUGCGGCUGACGCGCUGCCGGCUCACCGGCUCCGACCUGGCCUGUCUGGGCGAGAGCCUGCGCGCCACCACGCACCUCACCAACCUGACGGUGCAGGACGUGUCGCAGGCCACCGACCUGGUGCCGCUGCUGUUCGCGCUGCAGGAGAACAGCCGGCUGCAGCUGCUCGACCUGGACUCCAGCACCAUGGUCAUCGAGGACGCCGAGUUCAUCCUGCUCUGCGAGUCGCUCGUCUGCUGCACCAGCCUGAUGCUGCUCGACCUCUCACAUUGGACCUUCAGACUGGAGUGGGAGCAGUCGCUGCUGGCGGCCGUGCAGCUGCUGCAGCAGACCGGGCUGAUGCAGCUCGAACUGGACGGCUGCUCGGUGUCGGUGACGCUGCCCGACGGCCGGCAGCCGACGGUGGCGCAGCUGGUGCGCCGCGUGCCGGCCGCCCGCUCCCGGCUCACCACGCUCGGCCUGCGCUGCGUCUCGGUGACCGUGAACGAGGGCCGGCCGCUGACGGGCGCCGAGCUGAUGCCGCUCGUGCAGCGCCUCUUCCCGCGCGUCUCUGAGCUCAACCUGGCGGUGAAGGUGGGCGGCGCGCCGCUCGGCGACGCCGCCCUGCUGCGCUUCUUCCAGCAGUGCGCCGAGAGCGGCCAGCUGCGACAGCUGCGACUCAGCAGCUGGCAGCUGCAGGUGGCCGCGCCGCGCGCCACGCUCGAGGCCAAGCUGCGGCCGCUGCUGCGCCGGCUGACGCUCGGGCAGAUCUACCUGAGUGGCGUGAAGGCGACGGACGCCACGGAGGCGCGCUGCGAGCACCUGCUGGCCGUCUCGGUGAUCGCCCACUCGCGGUGUCUGCGGCUGCUCAGUCUGGGCGGCAUGACGUCCCUGCAGCCGAGUCAGGCCACCGCCAUCGGCCAGGGUAUCCGGGACCGGUUCGCCGGCGAGCAGCUGAUGCUCUACACCAGCGGAUGGCCGUACGCGGCGCUGCGCGCUCUUCGCUCCGUCGUGGAGGAGAGUGACCGGCUGAUGGCCUCCUAUGCCGGCGGACUGACCGGGCUUUACGUCAUCACACGCACAGACAAACCAGGGAAGGGCGCGUAGCUCCCGUGGUGAGACGUCUGGACGAAGUGAAACAGCAUCUGUGAGCCGGUCGUGCAGCCUACGCGACUGGGUUUUAGAUUGGGUAGGUGGCGCCUACGUUCCAGAUCCGGUGAGUACUCACGUGCGCUCGCCGCCUGAAGCGGGGUACGCCGUUAGGUACAUCGGUACUCCACGGUGCGCUGCUGUGUAUGAUGGCUUUAAUGGUCGCCGAUUUUCCUGUUUUGGACCGGCUAGGUGUCUCAUUUCCAUUGUCGCACCUAACUGCGUGUCUCUUACCCCGUGCUGUUCGUCUCAUUCCUGACUCGCGUUAGCGCUCAUUGGCUAGUAACCGUUCUACGGUUUCAUUCAUCUCAUUACCGCUACAAGAUCUGAUUAAGUAUAGUUACUGCAUAAAGCAGUCGUCAGCUUUCCUGCAACUAAUAGCCGGACCAUUCCGAUUCAAUAUUGCCAUUGUUGUUCGUCUAAAUGUUUAGAACGAAUAGCAGUUAUCUAUGUCUGUAUUACUUAUAACAAAUAUUUCCUAUUUAUUUUGCGCCGAACAAAUUUAUAUUUAAUUGUAAUGCUGCUAUUGUUUGUUAGAGUCACGCCUUUAGCUUGAGAAUGGUAAUGGAUCAUUGCAUCUGUGCCCGUCAGUGCGCUUUCAGACAAAGCAUUAUAUUGUUACAUUUCCAGUCCCUAUCGAAAUAUCACCGUAAGAAAACUGCGAAGGCAGUUCCAAUGCGGAAACUAAGAUCCAAUACUUUCAGUUCCUUAGCUAAUCCUGCUCUCUGCAAACAAUCAUGACAUUGCCAAGUUUGAGAUAGAUUGAUUCGAAGACUGAAUUCUUAGCUCGAUUAUCAUGAACUCCGCCGACUUUUAUUUUAAUGACAUGGAAAUGCCCAGCUAUUUCUCCAUACGGUAUGCUAAGUUCGUUUCAGAACACAAUAUCGUAUGGAGUGAUUCCAUGUUUGUUAGCGCUAUUGUUAUUGUGAUGCUCAGGUGAACGAGGCUCUAGUUGUUGCUUUAUCGCGUCUUAUUCGGGUGCAAUGAAGUAAUUGACCCUCUAGACAAGUGUACUUAUAAUUGUUGUUGUUAUUGACAAGUGCGCACAUUCAUUGCUCACUCGCUACUGACGAAGCUUACCCGAUAAACGCCUUGCCGCUAAGUAUUGUCCGAGGCGUUGUGCGGAGAUUUUCGAUAGCUGUUGGGCGCCGUUGCCGCCCUGUUGGAAAUGGUCGUGCCGUCGAGCUGUGUCCGCGCUGUGCGCUCCGUAGUUCGCUAGACGUGCUCUGAAGACUGACCGGCUGUGCCGUCGGGUUUUGUCGGUACGGCCGGCGCUAUCGUGCAGUAGUUUAGGCUCGGAGGCCGGCUGUUGCUGUUACCAGCCGCCUUGGGAUAGGCUGGGCCAGCUCUGCCUCCGCCGUCUGCACUGUCCUACGGAGGACGAUGGAGAGAGGAUGUCCAGUUUUGUGCGACACAGGCUGUCUUGCAGUAGCCGCCGGGCCGUCCUUGCCUUCCCAACUGUGGUUUGUGGGCGAUUGAGAAGGGAAACUUGGGAGACGCCUGCAUUUUUGCAAUGUCUAUUUCAGUGUCAGAAAGUAGUUUACUUACUAGACGCUAGGCAUGGACUUUGUAGUUGAAAGACUAUUUAUGUGCCAUUUUAUGGCCAGGUACAGCAGAAGAAGAUUGCUAACUUCGCUAGUGCAUAUGACUAAAGCCAUCGGCAUCGGUUUAUACUCGUAUGUGUGGAUGUUUAUCGUUCCAUGUGAUAAGCAUUGUGAAAACGUGCUUGUGUUAACUUUUUGACGUAGCUUGGCGGUAAGUCAUGCCAAGACUUCAACCGACUCGUGCCUUCCUAUGGCGGCCAAAAUCGUUUCGUCAGUAUUUACGUACAACCAAAAUGUGCCUGACUUUUAACUAGAACAACUUCCAGACAUUGCGUCUCUUUGACGGCCCGCUGUGAUAAAAUGUGCCAAUGUCGCCCACCUGUGUAUUGUUUGC